CAGACCAAACGGUCGCGCGAAGGAUUUGAGUUUGGUUUUAAUGGCGGAAAGCUGGCUGGGCUUGGCCGUCGUUAAAUUUCCAGCAAUGUAGACAUGGCGGCGACCCCGUACUUGUCGGAGUCAUCGGAUUCAAACAAAACGUCCUCGAGCGACCAGUCUUUGUCCAACCGGAGCAGUAACAGAAGUCGGAGGGUCGCCGAAAAAGAGAGACGGAAACAUGAAGCGGAGGACCCAUUUGUUUUGGCCGUAAAGUAUUUCUCUGACGUUGAGGCAGGUACUCCCAUAAUUGGUAAUGAUGCCUUCGAGGGGAACCUGGUGGUGGUGGAGAAGGCGGCGUACUCGAAGGGACUCCCGCCGCAUGCCAUUGCCGUGAUGCUGGAGUUCGCCAUGAGCCUUCGCAUGGGAACAAGUUUGUGCCCCCGGGUGCUCAAGUGCCUGAUCCCCGCUACGGUGGUACCCCAGGAGGCUGUCGUCAGAGCCAUAGCUUGGCUGGGCGUCUCCACAAUACCCAUAAAUACACAAGUUCUUUUCAUCAAGUGGGUGUUGACCGUUUUUGACAUGAUAGACACAAAGGAUCAACUGCGAGCCAUCUAUGGCUUCAUUUUCAGCUUCGUAACCGAGGAAAACCUGUGUCCCUUCAUCUGCCACCUGUUGUUCCUUCUGACUACAAAGCACAACGUGCGAGUGUUUCGAGUCCGAAAGCUCCUGGAUUUGCAAACCAAACUGGGAAGACAGCCCUUCCUCCUGCACCUUCUGUCCCUGUAUAAAGUGUUUUGUCCCGAACUGGUGACACUGUCCAUUCCAUCCAGAAUGAGGAGCGGGUUUAGGAAUCACAACUUACCCUGGAAAUCAGCUCUAGCUUUUGUCCAGAAGAACAACGCCGCGUUGGUUGGCCCUCACGGCGACGUGACCCUCACAGUCAGAGAUCAGAGCAACCCAAGACAAAAAAGGAAACGGCGCCACCUGGAACUACCAGUGCUGAGUUGUGCGGUUAAUAAGGAGUCUCAGACUGAGUUGUCCUUCAGCAGAAAAUUGGUCCCUCUGGCACAACUGCGGACUUUUGCGGAGCUUUUGGAGAACAUGCACCGUAUAGAGCUGCCGGCUCAGAUGGGCUCUCUUCUGUCCACCAGUGUGGCUCUGCACUACCUGGAAUGUGUGCAGGAGGAGUCGGCCCUCCUCCGUCUGAACUACUGGCUGGGCUGCGCGCUCCAAGAAGAAUUUUUGUUUUGUCGAGACGGAGGCGCGUCUCAGAGUUCUGAUGAGGUCCUGCAGUUCUUGGACACGCUACUGUCAGCGCACCAGUUUCUCCAGGAGGGGUUUUCAACCUCCGAAGGGUUUCUCUACAAGUUCCUUACUAUUUGGGACGGAUGCCUCAUGCGACCGCAGAUUCUUGGCCUGCUGAGCAACAUUCCUGUUGUCCCGAGUGACCAGAUGAGGCAGCUUUUGUUGGAACCCCUCAAGCAACUGUACUUCACGUCCUCACCGUUUUUCAAGUGUGGGCUGUUGGAAUGUCUAAACGGCAUGCUGAGGAAUUGGCUGACCUGGCACUCAGUGUACACUCUGGAGGACGACUUGGACAUGAGCGUCAACAGCCAUGCCUCCAUGUCCAUGACUUUCUCGGGGUUUCAGGAUUCCGUGUUGAAGCUGGUGCAAUUUGUGGGUCAUUUGGCAAGCGUGGGGCUGCAGGUGGAAGGCUGUCACGCGCUCCUGCUCAACUUCAUCCUGGAAUUUUAUGAAACGGUGUGUGAAAUCUUUUUAAAGUACAGCCUCCCAGUCUUUUUGAUCCCGCCCCCCGGCGUUUUCUACCCGGCGCUGGUUGCGACCGACCCCGUGAGUGUGGACCGCCUGGCCUUCAUCAUGCACAGGUACAAGGUGAACAUGGUUUUUGCCAAAAGCCAGGAGAAACUCACAAAGGCUUUUCGCACCAGCCGCCAGACACUCUGGGAGUUCAACCACUACGUAAUCGACAUGGUCAACUUAUUAUGGAAUGGCAAGAUGUUCCAGUCAGGUGUCAACAUGCAACUGGACGAGGGCGUGCUGCAAAGGAGCAACGUACCCGAGGCCUCCGCCAGUUUCGACCUCAUCCAUCACCCGGCCUUCAUGGGCUACGCUGUUGACUUCCACCGCAAGUGUUGGCCCGAAAGAGAAGAGCUGGAUCUUCAUUCCUUGAAGCAUCCCAAGCCGUGGCGCUGGUACGCGGAGUAUCUGUUCUCGCAGGGCUACGACGGCCUCCAACUCUUUACACACACCAACACCAACCGGCGAUUGCCGUUGGAAGGCGGCAAGGACAGCGGCGCCGCUUAGCAGGGAUAACGAGGGCAAAAAAAAAAAAGCCUUGAAGGACUUUUUCAAAAAUAUUUUAUUUCAUCAGCUUCUUCUUCAAGCAUGCUUGUUGGCUCGCAAGUGUCUUUGAAUGUACAUACGUUAUUUCCCGUUUUACAAGACGGCACGGUCCGUUCGGUGACGUUUGACCCGAGCGGUAUUCGGUGUUGUGCUUUUUUUGAUGUGUUUGCAAUACAAAGCAGCUUAGUGUACAGCGUCACGUUCUUCCUCCUCUGCCUUUCACCUGCGCCGACCUAGAAAAAGCUUUUAUCCUCCGUGUAAAUAAAAUCAAAAUGCCACAAAUGUGAUUAGUAUAUGUUGAGCAAAUUCCUCAUUGGUGUGGACUGUAAACGUGCGUGACAGAACAAUUUAGAGCAGCCUCGCAUUUUGUACAUGUACUCAAUUUUAUCAUUUGAUACCCAAGUAUCUUGUCCUUUGCUGUUUUUUUUUGCCUCAAUGUAAAUAGAAAACCAAGAGUUGAGCUCCAGUAUCAUGCGUGUGAUCUAAAUAUUUUUUAUUCAACUUUGAUUAACAUUUUAAAUUAAAUUACAUAUAAAAAGUAAUUAUAAACACUAAAACAAGAUAUUUAGUUGGGAUAAAAGUCAAUGUAUUGAUACUACUGAUUAGUGAAUUUAGUGUCAUUAUUAUUAAUAUUGUAAUAUUAGUAUAUGUGUUUUAUAUAUAUAUAAAAAAUUUUUUGGGGGGGGACACAAGUACAAACCUAACAAAGUAUAUGUAGUAGUAUUGUAGUCUGGCAAGAAACUUUUUUUUAGAGUUGGUUACAGAGUGAGCCUUGAGAUAUGAGUGACCUGACUAAUUAAUAUUUUGGGAUACAAGCCAUCAUUCUGAUUAUUUUUUUUUUUUUUACUAAAACUUUGAGAUAAAAGUACCGUAAAAGCAAUGAACUCAACUCACUUAACAACAAAAUGUAUAGCAGGUAAAACAAUUCUUAAAAAAAAAAAAACAGCUAGAGGCUGUUUUAAUGCCACUUCCAGUUGAGGUUUACGACUGCCAAAUCAGACAGAAAACAAACAAUUAUUAUGUAAAAACGCGGCAUACCUUUGGCCUUAAGUCUGCUAAAUUAAUGCUAAUAAAUAAUGGGAAAUGCCUUAGAUGAGGUAACAAAUUGCAUCUAGCUUGUAGUUAAAGCGCCAAUAUUGGAACAAAUGGUGGCGCAACACAUGUAGAUCUAAUGUAAUAGGAUUUUAGCCUGUAAAAAUGGACUAUUACUCACUUAUUGGGUCGGACUAACUGUGAAAGCAAUUAAUUUGUUUUGACAGUACAGUAUUAUACUGACGGGUGGCCAAGUCGCCCACACCAGAAGGGAGCUGCGAUCAAUUAAAGUGGACGUGCAACUAUAUGCAUCUGCCCCCCUCUAGUCCAAACACGGUGUCUUAAUGUAUAUUAUGUUUGCGGAAUAAAUGGCCAAUAUUUAUCAAGAGCUAUAUUUCCAUUUUCACCAGAAAUGUAGAGCGGUUUUGAUGAAAGAAACCAAAAGCCACCUGCUGGGAACAAAAGUCCCACAUCUUCCUCAGGACCCUUUAGAUGCCUAACAAAGUGCCUGAUAAAAAAAAAAAAAAAAAGUGGUGUUUAGCGACGUCCGAGCAGUGCGUGCAUAAACUGCAGCAACGACAGUGAAGUUACAGCAACCGCCCGUUUUGUGUAGUUUAUAUUUUUUUCCGUCACUGGCCGUACUUCAAAACUACAAAUAUUGCACAACCAUCACAUACGAGGGCCCCAGUACGUCGUAACGACAUGACACGUUCUUUUGUUGUACUACUGACGUCCGCCCUCGGGGGGCGACAAAAAUAAUCCCGAGGCGUCCGUUAAUUGCAAGUGUCACGUGACCGAAUUGAAAACUGCCGAUAACUAGCAGAAAUAUGGCUUGAUGACCUCGUGGUUUGAAUACACUUUUGACGUGUUUUUAAGCAAAUAAAAUGCAGCCUGUUAUUAAAGUCAUUACAAAAAUAGAACGUGGAAUUUUUUUUUUUGGGGGGGUGGUGGUGGAAAUGAAUGAUUCAUGUAAUGAAUUUUGCUCUUAUCUCAAAGCAUCGCUGUGUUUUGUAAAAAAAAAAAAAAAACAAUUCAGUCCAAUUGUUGGCGCGCUGAAGCUCUUUCCACGCUCCCCCCCCCACGCACGAGUGACUCCACGUCAGGAUCCGAGUGUGGGAGGUACUUGGAAGUUGUAAAUCGCGCAGCCGGCGAGGCGCGCAACAAUCACUCGCAGCGAAGACGCGACCGGAACACGCCGCCGCCGCCGCUGCCGCUGCCGCCGCCGCCGCGCUCCAUCCCGUCCGUGACGCACCGCGGCCGGGGCCACUCGCGUCCUUCUGCCUCCGACCUGCGGGAAAGGGAAGACGCUCGGUCGGUCGGCUCCGUGGAGGCGGACGACGUCGGUAACCGUUCACACCCUGACCGGGCGGAUGAAGCUCCUCGGCGAGCGAACCGCUCCCUGAUGUCACGCUCCAGCGCCGCUUCUCCUCGCAGUUCCUCUCCGGUGUCCAUCUGGCGUCCACCUCCACCCCCGUCCGGAUUUCUUGCCGCAUCUGCAGCCCCUUGAGAGCUUUGCUCCCCCCCCACCUGAGCCGCAACCUUUCGGACCGGAGCCAAAAGGUCACGGAGCGCUCUCCGCCGACAAUAAAUAGCCUGCAACGCCACGCUCGAGCACGGCCGCUCCGCUGUGACCGUCCGGCUCGGCUAAACCUCGACUCUGAGCCGCAUGUCACGGCGGUUUAUUCACCAGACCUUCGCUCCUUAAGGGUGCGGCGUGGACUCCAAAAGACAGCUGUUAAAUGUUUGCCCCCCCCCCUAAACCGGAGAGGAUAUUUCUCCAGUCGCCACCACCGCUGCUGUCACCAUUACUCCGCAUCCAGGCCUCCCGCGUCCCUCCUCCCCCUCGCGCAGCGCAGCCACAGAAGCGUUGGCUGGAUUCCAGGGAGGUUCCGAUCCUGCAGCCACUUCAGUCACGUCUUCACCGCUGGCAGAGCAUGCAUGCCAUGCACUCAGACGAACAAACACAGUUGCCAGAAGGGUCGCAGGAAGUCUUGUGGUUUUUUUUUUUUCAUUUUUUAUUAUUAUUAUUUUUUUUAUGAAAGCGGUUGUGUUUUCUAAGCACAUUGUAUGUAGCUCCACUCUGGCUCCAGGUGCCAUCUGCUCAACUGUGUCAAAGUCGGUGUUUCGGUCUCAGCGAGGCCAAGAAAGAGGAGAGCCGAGCAAGAAAUUGUUUCCCCAAGCUAAGCGACGGGGGUUAUAACGUCGUGAUUUAAUGUUGAUGUGGCUGACAUCACAUCAGCUGUCCGUGUAAUGUGGAGACAGUCACACUUUUCAGCCGUGAUUCCUAAGCAGUGUCCAACAUACCGUAGGGUUAUAUUCAUUCCAGAAAUCUAGAUGUAAUCAUUAAAGCUCAAUAUUUAACUUCA